AUGGCCACUUCAAGACCGCAUCCCUUUGACACCCUCACUCCUGGCGAGGUUCGGCUUGCCGUGGCCAUCCUCGAAAAGGCCUUGCCCGGUGUCGCUCUCCGCUACAAGCGCAUUGACGUCCUCGAGCCCAUCAAGAACGAUGUGACGGCAUACCUUGACGCCGAGCGUGCCGGCCUUCCCCUUCCGAUGAAACCAGCCCGUCUCCUGUUCUCCUACUUUCACCGGCGGGACAAUGGCCGCUUCUGUAAGGCAGUGCUGGAUGUCGACGCGCGGCGGCCAGUCUACAUCAAAGAGCUGUCGAGCGACGUGCAGGGCCCAGCCGACGUGGAUGAGCUGGUGGAGAUGGAGGAGGCGUGCAUGAAGCACCCGGCCGUCCUGGCUGAGAUUGCCAAGAUGCAGCUGCCUGCGGGGUACACGGUGUGCAACGACCCCUGGAUUUACGGGACUGACAGCGACACCGAAACACGUCGCCUGGCACAGUGCUACAUGUACAUUGUUGCCGUCGACCAUCCACAGACAAACCACUACUCUCUGCCGUGCACAUUCUCGCCCGUCUUUGACCAGGUCACCAAAGAGCUCGUGCGCAUGGACCAUUUGCCGACGGGCGCGGACCACAGCACCCAGCCGACCAGACCGUGGAAACCUGUGGAGUGUGUGCAGUAUGCGCAGGAUCUGCUUGACCAGCCGCUGCGGACAGACCUGAAGCCGUACCUGGUUCGGCAGCCGCAAGGCCCGUCAUUUACGGUGAACGGGCAGUCGGUCUACUGGCAGAAAUGGCGAUUCCACGCUGGAUUUAACAACCGCGACGGACUCGUCCUAUACAAUGUCACCUACGAUGGCCGACAGACCUUUUACCGGUUGUCCAUGUGCGAGAUGACUGUUCCAUAUGGCGAUCCUCGCCGGCCGUACCACCGCAAGCAGGCGUUCGAUGCCGGCGACGUCGGCUUCGGCAUUACCGCCAAUCAGCUCGAGCUCGGCUGUGACUGUCUCGGGCACAUUCACUACUUUGACGGAUACCGCACGGAUGCCAAAGGUAACCCUGUGCUUCUCAAGAACGUGAUUUGCAUGCACGAACAGGACAACGGGCUGCAGUUCAAGCACACGAACUACCGCAACCAGGCUGCUACCGCCGUCCGCAAGCGUGAGCUAGUCUUGCAAAUGAUUUGCACUGUGUCCAACUACGAAUAUGUACUGGCGUGGAUUUUUGACCAGGCCGGCAACAUUGAGCAUGAGGUCCGUGCUACAGGCAUCCUGUCCACGAUGCCCAUUGACAACCUUGACGCGGCCAACCCAACCACUGUCCCCUGGGGCACCAACGUGGGCCCUGGUGUCAUGGCCGCCUACCACCAGCACCUUUUCGCGCUGCGCAUCGACCCGGCCAUUGACGGCCACAGCAACACACUGUUUUACGAAGAGAGCGCGCCUUUGCCUGUCGACCCCGAAACAAACAAUUUUGGCAUGGGCUACCAGACACAGGCAACCGUUGUGCAGAAAGCUGGGUUUGCCGACCUGGAUGUAACACGCAACCGCGUCUUCAAGAUCCGCAACGACAGCCACAUCAACCGAGUGUCGCGCAAGCCUGUCGCCUACAAGAUCCAUGCCGCCCCCAGCCAGAUGCUCUUGAUGGCCCCGGGCUCGUUUGCCCGCAAGCGCGCCGCCUUUGCCGAACACGCCAUGUGGGUCACCAAGUACCAAGACGACGAGCUCUACGCCGCUGGCGAGUUUACCAACCAGAGCCGCCGGGACACGGGGCUGUCGGAAUGGGCGGCGCGCCCGGACAAUGUGGAGAAUACAGACAUUGUGGUGUGGCACACGUUUGGGCUGACACACAAUCCGCGACCCGAGGAUUUCCCUGUCAUGCCAGCCGAGCACAUAUCGGUGCGUCUGCAGCCGGAUGGUUUCUUCGAGAAAAACCCGGCAUUGGAUGUGCCCCAGAGCAACCAGGCUUUCAACCAGUCCACGCUGCACCAGGAGACUGCUGAGGCCACGUGCUGCAGCAGCGACAGGUCUUGGCUGUGA